ACUAAUUAGCAGGAAUAAAGACUGAACGGGUUUUUUUUUUCCUCUCUCUCUUCGCUGUCGUCCAGCACCGCUUUCUCCUCUUCCCCUCUCUCUCUCUCUUUCUCUGAGCAAGCCAAGUCGUCUGCGUUACAACCAAAUACUCGUUUUUUUAUGUUUGUUUGUUUGUUUUUUUACGUUCUUUAAAAAAGGCUUUAAGAAAACCGUAAGACGGGGAUAUAAAUAGAAAUAUAUACCUCUUUGACUGUUUGUUACUACUACUAAUAAUCUAGAAGCUAUCUGACCAAAUGGAAGUACGCGAGUGGGAUGUAUGAACGCGGCGCGUGGACGGAGCCUGAGGAACGCGGACGUCGGGAAAACGCAAAAACAAAACCCGCACAGAAUGUCUGGCUGGGAUGAGAAUGUCCAGUAACUGGAAGGAUGGAGUGCUGUGACUCUGUCUCAGAAGACGGAGCCUCUGGCCCUUGUGUAAACCAGCCUCCAGGGAUCUGCAGCCCACCAUCCUCCAUGCUACUACUCCUACAGAGAGAGAACACCUCUCUUCUGAACUCAGCCAGCCCACCCAGCCAGGGUGAACCCGAGUGGAGGAAAGAAGCGAAGGCGCAAAGCAAGGGAGAAAGGAGAGCUUUUGCAGAUGGACACGAAGAGGAAGAGGGGAUCGCUAAAAAACAGGUUGAUGCUUGUCCUGUGGGUGACUUUUUCGAGCGAAGAGGAGAUAUAAAAGGCGAACAUGAUGAGGGGGGUGAUGAAACUGAUAAGGUAGAAUGCCAGAUCAUCUACCAGGCUGAUGGGUCCGCUUGUAUCCUAGAGAGCCAAAGUCAGCUGCCAUGUAAUGGGGUUCCAUCCUCAUCUCGUCCAUCUUUUGUUAGCUCAUGCCAUUACUCUUCUUCCCAAAGCUCUACUUUGAAAAGCUUCCAUGUCUUCCACCCUAAGAACUGGUGCCACCUCUCUAGUGAUAUUCGCGCUUUGCUGACCUGCCAAUCCAAAGAUAGAGCUCCUGCCAGAACGGGUUCUUUUGGAGCAGAGCUAGCACUGCUUGGCAAAGAACAACCUGUCCUGGUGUGCUUUCUGUGUCGUCUGUCAUUCAGUCGUGUGCAUGCUUUUAGAGGUCAUGUUUCACAGCUGCAUGGUAUCAUGGUUACUCCGGAGGAACAGCAGUUGCUUUUGCUCCAGCACACCUGUGCCAUCUUGCAGCCUGUAGGCCCCAGUAACCUCCCACUCCUAAGCUUCCUAGAACCAAAAACUAGCAACGUGCCAACCCAAUUAACAACCACAGCUUUAGGGCGCAACAAGGUGGCCAUGCAAAGUCAGGAAGACAGGGAGCACCUCCAGAUCUCUGAGCCAGGACUUCCUCUUCAGCCCUCUCUACCCAGAGUCCCCCUUCCUACCUCAGUGCUGAGCCCUGCCAAAGACCCUUCAACCCUGGGCAGAGAGGGCCCACAGAGGAGCAGUGAUGAUGGUGGAGGUAGCAGAGAAGGAGAGGAGAGGUUGAGUUCAGAGGUAGUUUCCACUGCAGAGGAUGUUGCGAGCGGUAUUAGCAGCAGUGGUAGACAAGGGCACAUUACUGAACCGGCUCUUUCAAACCAAAGCAAUCCCAAAUCUCCCAACUCUGUCACAGUAGCAACCAGCUUUAUUAACAACACCAAAUCUCUCACAGACUCUGAGUUAGAGUGUGGAACAAGCUUUAACUGCCACGGCCCUGCUGCGGUAUCCUCUACUGUGCAUACCUCGUCCACAGUCGCUACUCCAAAAGAACUUUCCAACCUAGAGAGUGCGAUGGAAACAGAACCAAAUAACCUGUCAGAGAAGGGUAGUGCCAUGGCAAAAGAACCAAAUGACAACACGCCAGAUGUCACUAACUCUAAUCUACCUAGUAACCAUAGCACCUGUCAGUCACCCACCGUCACCCCACCUCUGUCCCAGACUACCAAAUCUCAGCUCGAGGAAGGACAGGUGGAAUUUGGGUCUAGAGGAAAUAUAUUAGCUGGGGGUGAACAAGACUUUAUUGUUGGGCGGGACAACAGCCAGGGAUCUUCUUAUUCUUUUGUUGGCCAAGUGAAUAUGACACACUCACGCAACUCCUGCAAGACACUGAAGUGCCCUAAAUGCAAUUGGCACUAUAAGUACCAGCAGACCCUUGAGGCUCAUAUGAAAGAAAAACACCCCGACUCUGAUGAUGGACAGUGUCCAUAUUGUGCUAGUGGGCAAAACCACCCUCGCCUGGCUAGAGGGGAGACUUACACCUGCGGGUACAAGCCUUUUCGUUGCCAGGUGUGCCAGUAUUCCACCACCACCAAAGGCAACCUGAGCAUCCACAUGCAGUCAGAUAAACACCUCAACAACAUGCAGAAUCUGCAGUCGCAGACACGUUCUGAUGCUCCAGCAGUCCAGCCUAGCCCCAUGACUCACACGCACUCUACCCAGGCCCCUUCUCCGUCUCCUAAAGUGCAGGGACGUGCAUCAUGGCGGUGUGAAGUAUGCGACUACGAAACCAACGUAGCUAGGAACCUUCGCAUACACAUGACCAGUGAGAAGCACACACACAACAUGCUCCUUUUGCAGCAGAACCUGGCUCAUAUGCAGCGUCAGCAUCGGCAAAAUGCUGCAGAGCUCUACCCAUACUGCCAGCCUCAAACCAGGCUUCCCGACCCCACCAGCAUGAUACAACCAGGUGGAGAAACCAUGCAGGAGUCUCUUCGGAAGUCAGCGGAUGAAGAACCCCCAGAGGCGCUUUUUGAAUGUGCACUGUGUGGUCAUUUUUCCUCAGACAGCUUGGUUGCUCUUAGUCAGCACCUGGCCAUGCAACGCUCGCUUCCUGAUGCUGACUGGAGAGGCACGACCGGUGAUGCCCACCUUUGUCGGCUAUGUCAUUACGCCACGCCUCUGAGAGCCAACUUCCAGCUGCACUGCCAAACAGACAAACAUCUGCAGCGCUACCAACUAGCAGCACACCUUCAGGAAGCCAGCAGACGCCAUGGAAGCCCCGAAGAAGAGGAGGAGUGGAUGCUCAGGUGUGUCGCCGCUGGUGUCCAGGUGCAACUGAGAUGUAACGCAUGUUGUUACGAGGCCAAUAGCUUGGAGAAGCUGAAACUGCACACAAUGAACUCGAGACACAAGGCCAGCUUAAGACUAUACAAGUACCUGCAGCAGUUCGAGGGAGCCGUGUCCGACGGCGGCUCUCUGCGCUGUGUGCUGUGCGAUUACUCCACCCAGAACAGCCUCAGUCUGGUGCAGCACGCCAAUUCGUUGAGCCAUCAGAGAGGGGAGGGACUCCUGAGACUGCAGCGAAUCCAGAAUGGUCUCCAGGAUGGAGGAGAGGAGGAGCUCAGUUCCAUCUUUGAGAUCAGAAAGAGUCAUGCUAAAGAUAACGGAGACGUGAAUGAGACGGAGUCACCCGCUGAGAUUAUCUCUGACCAGGCGGACCAGACCAAACAAGCGAGCGGAGAGGGGGAGAAAACGGAAGCAUCCAUGCAUGAAGAUAAGAAACAGAACGAGCCGUCUGUCAGUCCCAAGCGCUCUGCAGCUGGAGACGCGGAUGACACCGUACCUGCAAAACGCCCCCGAGCGCAGGAAGAGAUCUCCUCGGAGCAGGUCCGUCAGUGCCCGUUCUGCCGAUUUUGUCACACUGAUCUCGGCCGUCUGAGGAGUCACGUAAUGAUCCAGCAUGCUGUGCAGCCCACUCUCCGCUGCCCGCUGUGCCAGGACACGCUGCGCAGUGUCGCUCUGAUGCGCUCUCACCUCACACACCUGCACAGCGUCACCGCAGACUGCACGCAGAAACUCAUUAACGCGGUGAUUGCUUCAGAUGUGCUGCCGGAGAAGAUGUUCCUACACGUGCCAGACUCUAAUACCCAGCAGACCAAGGCAGAUUCCAGCUGCAAUGGAAUAAAAAGGCCUGAUGAACAAGAUGAAGAUGAGGAAGAGAGAGUGACCACAUGUCGACCAGAGAUAGCAAAAACACAAAAGCAGCCCUUAGAAGAUGCAGAAUCCACAAAGGAAAACAAUGCUGCUUUCCCUUGCUGGCAGAAAGGCUGUAAUAAAGUCUUGACAUCAUCCAGUGCCCUACAAACGCACGUCAACCACUUCCACAGCCAGAGACUUCAAAUCCCGAUUUCUGAUCGCCAUGUCUACAAGUACCGUUGCAGUCAAUGCAGCCUUGCCUUUAAAACCGCUGAAAAGCUUCAACAGCAUUCUCAAUACCAUGCCAUUAGGGCUGCCACUAUGUGCUGCCUUUGCCAACGCAGCUUUCGAACAAUACAGGCCCUGCAGAAGCACUUAGAGACUAGUCAUCUUGAGCUUAGUGAGAUCCAGCUGCAACAGCUCUGUGGGAGUUUGUUGAUGACCGAAGACCUCUUAGCUUCUGAAGACCAAGGACUCGAUGAAGUUCAGGGAAGCUGUGAGGAGGAAAAGGUGAAAGAAGAUGAACAAAGUGACCUGGAUGAGAAAAUAAGCCCACCUGACAGUGUAUUGAACUUAGCUCGAGAGGAUGCUGAACUCAGUCCAAAGCCCUCAGUCGUGCCUAUAAGAAAAGGGCCAAACCUCUCAACUGAAAAAUUCCUGGAUCCAUCAAGACCUUUCAAAUGCACCGUAUGCAAGGAAUCUUUCACACAAAAGAACAUACUCUUGGUGCACUACAACUCUGUCUCACACUUGCACAAAGUAAAGCGUUCAGUGCAGGAUUCUUCAGCUGCCUUGCCAGAGGCUGUGAGCAGCAGUGCUGACCACAAACCCUUCAAAUGUAGCAUUUGCCAUGUAGCGUAUAGCCAGAGCUCCACCUUAGAGAUUCAUAUGCGAUCUGUACUACACCAAACCAAAGCUCGUGCAGCCAAACUUGAUUCAUCAGCAGCUAGCUCAACUUCUGGAAACCCAUUGCUUCAUAAAGUAGUUUCAGAUAAUGCAAUGGUUUUGAAGCCUACAAAUGCUAUAAACAAUGCCACUUGUACUUCUUCAGCUCUUGACCAGACUCACUUAAAGCACCAACAGAGCAAUGAACACAAUGUUGUAUCAUCAAGCCAAAUUAUAAGUAUUCCUUCACAUCCCGAGGAGAUUAAAAAGAAACCAGUGGUCGAUGUAACAUCAACAGCGAAUCAGCAUAAGUUAUUACAACAGCAGCAAUUACAGCAACAACAAUUAGUACAGGCCCAAGCCCAGAUCCAGCAGGAGCUACAAAAGAAAGCAGCACUUCUUCAGUCCCAUUUGUUCAAUCCAGCACUUCUUCACCAUUUCCCCAUCACAGCAGACACUCUCCUUCCACUGCAGCAGCAACAGCAGCUUCUGCUUCCAUUUCUCAUCCCAGGAGGGGAGUUUCAGAUUAGCCCUGAGCUAAACCUAACAGGCUCAGAGUUAAACCUUAGCAAAUCAAAGCCUGCUGGACCUGAAAAUUGUUCCGAGCUGUCCCAGCAGGGAAGCCUUACCUCUUCUUGUAAACAGCCACCGAACAGAGUUGCAGUUAGUGGGUCUCAACAGUCUGUGUUUCUGACUCCCGAGGACAAUGUUCUUGUUCCUCAACAAGGUGGCGGACAGAUCCUGACCUCUGAUUCUCAGAUUCACAAAGGCACAGAUGAAACCGGAAAUAAAGAAACAAAGGAGUUGCAUAAAACCAUCUCACACAAUAAUAUUGAUGAUUUCAAAGCACAAAAAGACAAUGAGGUUGAGGACGAAGUUGACGAUGAGGAUCGUGGAGAAUUCUUUAUAGAUUUAAUUCCACCAAGGGUAGCUCAUGAUGCCCCUGGAAAUGUUUCAAAAGCUUUGCUGGAGAACAUAGGGUUCGAGUUAGUCAUGCAGUUUAAUGAAAAUAAGCAGCAGUAUCAGACAACACCGUCUGAGGUUGUGCCAAAUGGACAGAUAAAGAUCAAUGCCAAAGAGGUCCAUCAUUCAGACUCUGAUAAGAAGAUGGUGUGCGAGUCUUGUAGGAAGCUUUUUUCAAAUGCAUUGAUACUAAAGAGCCAUAAAGAGCAUGUUCACCAAUCGAUUUUGCCAAUACAGUCCGUAGAGAAAUUUGCCAAAGACUAUAGAGAACAAUAUGACAAGCUUUUUCCUUUUACUCCUUCAUCUCCUGACACUUCUCCUUCCUUACCUUCCCCUGCUUCACCUCCACAACCUCCAAUAGAUCCAGCUCAACAGAAAGCCGUGUCAUGCAUUACUCCCUCCACAUCCACUGUUACUCCCACUACUGUCUCAACUCCCCAAGUUCCAUUAGCUCCAAUCACCUUACCCAUUGACUUGCCACUUUUCCCCCCACUCCUCAUGCACCCCAUUCCCCUGCCGACCUUGUCUUCUCAACUACCUGUACAUCUUCCACCCGUUGAACCUGGUCUCACAGCUGACUUAGCCCAGCUUUAUCAGCAGCAGUUAACUCCUGCUAUGUUGCAACAGCAGGGUAAAAGACCUCGAACCAGGAUCACUGAUGAUCAACUAAGAAUUCUGCGGCAGUACUUUGACAUCAAUAACUCCCCAAAUGACGACCAAGUCCAAGAGAUGGCCAACAAAUCUGGCUUACCAAAUAAAGUUAUAAAGCAUUGGUUUAGGAAUACACUAUUCAAGGAGCGCCAGCGCAAUAAGGACUCCCCAUAUAACUUCAAUAACCCACCCAUAACAACAUUAGAAGAGGUCAAAGUAGAUUCCAGGCCAUCCUCUCCUGAGCUUUCAAGACAAGAGUCUUCAGGAGGGAAGAGAUCAUCAAGGACUAGGUUCACUGACUACCAGUUAAGGGUUCUUCAAGAUUUUUUUGAUGCAAAUGCUUACCCUAAAGAUGAUGAAUUUGAACAACUCUCAUAUUUACUCAAUCUUUCCACUCGUGUCAUUGUGGUGUGGUUUCAAAAUUCCCGUCAGAAAGCCAGGAAAAACUACGAGACCCAAGGAGAGGGAGCAAAAGACAGCGAACAAAGACAGUUUUCUAAUGACCGGUAUAUUCGUACUGCCAACAGCAGCUAUGAGUGCAAGAAAUGCAAUAUGGUGUUUCAACGCAUUUUUGAUCUUAUCAGUCAUCAGAAGAAGGUGUGCUAUAAAGAUGACAAUGAUGAAGUGUCAAGUUUUCAAAACGAGCCUUUAUUGGAUUCUAAACCUUAUAGUCCAUGUGACACCUCAAGCCACAAUCCACAACCCUCCGGUUCUGACCUCUCAAACUGUACUGAGCAAAGCCCAGAUGGAAAUGCUACUAACAAAGAGCUUUCAGACACUGAUACUGUCUCUAAUUCGAUUACUGAAGAUAUUCAGUCAAUAACAGAAGCAUCUUGUGGUCCUGAAGAGUGUCUUAAAAGUUCAAAGUAUGAAGAAACAUAUAAUCAGACAAACCAUCCUAAUGAAGAGAAUCAACAACCAUGCCUUAAAAAUCGUUCCCCAUCCCCUGUGGAUAAAAAUCAACAACAUAAACCACCUGUGACCCAGGCAAGCCCAGUUCCUUCGGAAAGUUCUAAAACGAAUUCCGCAAGUCCUUCUUCUCAGCAAAAACACCCAAAUCAGGUGCAGCAAAUGACUCCUUACCAUUGCAUUCAGUGCAAAUUGAAUUUCCCAUCUUUUGAACAUUGGCAAGAGCAUCAGCAAAUGCACUUCCUUGUUGCUCAAAAUCAUUUUGUUCCUCCACAGUUCCUGGACCGCUCCAUAGAUCUGCCUCUUAUGCUUUUUGACCCAACUAAUCCUCUGGUGGCAAGGCAGAUGCUUUCUGGAGCUUUUCCACAGAUAUCACUCAAUUCACCUACAUCUGCAGCCAUCCCUGACUCAACUAUAAACUCCUUGAAGAGAAGGCUUGAGCCCAAAUCAGGAACUAGUGCCGUGGAAAACGACUGGGAGCACGGUGGGGAUGAAUCCCAGAGGGACAAGCGAAUGAGGACCACCAUCACCCCUGAGCAGCUGGAGAUAUUAUACCAGAAAUAUCUUUUGGAUUCCAAUCCAACACGUCAAAUGCUUGACCACAUUUCCCAGGAAGUAGGUCUCAAAAAAAGAGUGGUUCAGGUGUGGUUCCAGAACACUCGAGCUCGUGAAAGAAAAGGUCAGUUUCGUGGUUUGGGUCCCGCUCAAGCCCAUCGACGCUGUCCAUUCUGUCGUGCACUAUUCAAGGCACAGACUGCCCUCGAUGCUCAUAUACGUUCACGGCACUGGCAUGAAGCAAAGAAUGCAGGAUUCAGCCUGCCAGCAGCUAGUAUGACCCAUGAUCAGGAGUUAUCUCAAAUGAAAAUGGAUUUGUUAAAUUUUUCGAACUGUUUACAGAUGCCCAACACAAGUGAUGGGCAGAAUGAUCCGGACUCUCCAACUUGUAAAAGCAGGGAUCUGUCUUCACAUGACCAGGAUCAAAGUCCAAAGCCCUUAAUAAGUGGAAGAACUGACUUGGAAGCAUCAUCCACCUCAGUCCAGAUGUCUUUUGAAUGUGGCACCCUAGAUAACCAUAAAGGUACUUCUGUCAACACAGUCCCGAAUGAAACUAUUACUGAUGAAGAAAACUACUCUGAGGGAAAACACAAUAGUAAUGAUAAUUUGUCCUGUAGUUUUGAAAGAGAGGCUUCUUCAGAAAAUGAGGACAAAAUGUCCUCGGGGCUGGUUAGCCCUGCAAUUAGUUUCAAUGCAAAGGAUUAUGAAAAUGAUUUGGUUUUGGAUUAUAGUGAGAACUCAAGCUUAGCUGACCCUGCCUCCCCCUGUCCAGGCGGAUCCAACGGUCAAAACAUUGACGAUAGGCCUGGUCAAAAACGCUAUCGCACUCAGCUAAGCAACUUGCAAGUGAAAGUGCUCAAAGCUUGCUUCAGUGACUACAAAACCCCAACCAUGUUGGAGUGUGAAGCCUUGGGAAAUGACAUUGGGCUUCCCAAGAGGGUAGUACAGGUGUGGUUUCAGAAUGCACGUGCCAAGGAAAAAAAAGCUAAGCUCAGCCUUGCCAAGCAAUUUGGCACAGAGAGUACAUGUAAGGAAAGGCCCAAAACAGAAUGUACUCUUUGCUCUGUUAAGUACAGUGGUUGUCUCUCUGUGCGGGACCAUGUCUUCUCCCAGCAGCAUCUUGCAAAAGUAAAAGAAGCUCUUGGGGGACAAAUAGACAGAGACAGGGAAUUUAAUGAGGUUGCAAGUGUUCGUCAUCAGAUGAUUGACCUGGAGAUGAAUAACCUAAAAAAGGCAAAUGACAUCAUGGCUGUUGUCCAAACACAGUCUGCAGAGAGUCCGGGAUCCUCCAGUCACACUACUCCUCAGUAUGCAAACUUACUGAUUACUGGUUUACCAGGGACUGGCAGCAAGUCAUUAACAAGCUCUUCUUCAACAAAAUCAGAUACUAUUGAUCCUACUUCAAAUGGACUGAUCAGCAAACCUAUGACAUCAUCUUGUUCAUCCAUGUCAGCUGCCAAGGACCAAACAUCAGUCAGUGUAAACACCUCUGUCUCGCCCUCCAAACCGUUAGAGUCAGAAUUGCAGCUCCAGCUGUCCAAAGAGAGUAACUCUAAAAACGGCAUGAAUCCCACUGAAAAGCUUGAAAGGGCUUCCACUGACAGUGCUACUCAUUCAAACUCUUCUAUCAGUAAGGAAAAACAAGAUACUUUACUACCAUCUGCAUCUACACCAAAACCUGUUAAGGACUUCAACAUUGAUCUGGGUCAGCUCCAGGCUCUGCAAGCAGCAGGAAACACAGAUCAGACUUCUUUGCUCUCAAAUCCCCUCCUGCCCUGUCUUAUGUCGGGAUUCCCUCCCAUGUUCUCUCCUCAGAUUCCCACAGCUCUCACCGGAAGCUUUCUGCAGCCCAUGUUUGGUAUGGACAGCAUGUUUCAGUAUGGCCCAGUCCUGCCACAAGCUUUAAUGGGUUUGUCCACAGGUUCCCUUCUCCAACAAUAUCAGCACAAUUUGCAGGGUGCACUAAUGCAUCAUCGGCUGCAGCUCCAAAAAAAGCAACUAUUGCAACAAUCCCAAAAACCAAAAGCUAGCCAAAUCUCUGCUACAACAUACUCUCAGGACAUGGCUUAUAACAAAGACCUUGUCUUGAACUUUUGCAAACCAGAAGAGAAGCAAGCCAGCUCAGACGGAGAAAGUUUUCUCUCCUCUGGCACUAUAAAGCAGCUGGAUGAUAGCUUCCUCACCAGCCAAUGUAUUGUCUCCAAAGGGACAUCUAGAGAAGGAGGUAAGGAUGUUUGUCUAUAUGACUGCCUUGCCUGUGAGAUCUCUCUCAAUGGGAACGAAGAGCUCGUCCAGCACCUGGAGUACCGUCAGCACAGACAAAGAGCAGCGGAGCACCUGAAUGCCAAAGAGCAUGCCUCUCGCCUCUUACCUCACGUUAGUCCCUCAUCUACCUCGCAGCCAAACCCUCCCAGCCACCCAAUAUCCCCUUUAAAGUCCUUGCCCAAGCUGUCAGAGAGUCCUUCUGCCAUCUCCUGCUUAUCCAGACCAACAGAUCAGCGUUCCCAAUCUCCAUCAACUUCUACAGCUUUAUCUGGGGCUGCACAAUCUGCUUGUACCCCAGCUUCUUCUUCUUCUUCUUCAAUACAAGUUUCCUUACACUCAACUGUUACCUCAAGCCUAAAUGGCAAUGUAAGUAGUUUAAAAACAACAGACUCUGCUAGUGGGUGUUACACCAGUGAUGGAGCAGCAGAGGAGAAAAAGUCCACAUAGUAUCCUGCAGCCAAAGGCUACAUUCAGACUAUUGCAGUUAUAGCUGUAAUUUUAUCUGCCUUGCUGCAGACUUAUUGUGUUGGUACUGAAAGAGGAUGACUGGGAAAGAAAGCAUACAAUGAUGGAAGAUAACUUGAGAAAACAGCGAUAGUUUGAAAGACUUUUAAACAGACUGGAUCCUGUAGGAUAUCCCUUACGUUUCCAAUGCUUGUAACCAAAAAAAAAAAGUGUCAGUAGAAUGUUUUCUCACGUCAAUAUGCUGGUCAAUUUACACUUGAGACUACGUAAACACUGUUUGGAAACUGAAGUGUGCACAGCUAAGGACUGGAGUAGAACCUAAGAUGGUUUUAUAAUGAAUUACCUAAUGACUAACUAACCAAAAGUGUGUUUGUUCUUUUGUUUUUAAAUACGCUUACACAACAAAUGAGUUUUACCACCGUUUAAGUGUUAAAAUAAUUUAAUAUCGGCUCACUAAACUAAUGUAAUGUAUUUUAAUGUUGUCUACUCUCAGGUCAACAUGUAUUCAUUUUCUGCUACUGAACAUCGGUGUUUGGGGGAAAAAAAAGUUCUGAUGCAUACAGUACCAAGAGAAAAAAAAUUGAUAUCCAAAAAAACAAAAAAAAAAAAACGGAAAAAAGAUAGUAUUGAAAAUGUUACAACCUGGUUUGCGUUGUCAUUGAAUCUUAUAAAUGUUUUUUUUUUUUUUUUUUUAAUUGGACAAAGUGUCCAGACACAAAGACUAUUGCAGACUUUAAUUGUGAGCAAAAGGAUAGAUUUUUAUUGGGUUUGGGUGGGGCAGGGCGGGGGGGAUGACGACGUUGUGUUAAUGAUAGAAACAUGUAUUGACAUUUUGGUGUUGCGUAGAUUGUUGAAUUCAAUGACUUAAGUGUAUGGUAGAUUGAAAAGAAAUUCCUUGUAUAUUUAAUUUUUGUACCUUCCCAGUCAAAGACACUUGAGGUUGCUUCCAGCCAUGCCAAUGUUAAAAUUUUACAUUUAACCCCUUCUAAUGUAGUUCAACAUUGUUACUGUACAACCUUCCCUCCUGCACUGAGCCAAGUGAAAAGACCAUAUCUGUAAAUGAUUUUUCUGUCGAUGCAGAUUUAAGAAAUCGUUCGGUUGUCUUUUAAACUUCUUUAAUUUUGUGCACUUAAAACUUUUUUACCCUCUUUACUGUAACUCCCUAUUUUUUACUUUGAAAUGUAGUUUCUUACUUCUCUUUAACAAUGUAUUUUUGUUUCUUUUUUUUUCUGAAUGUUUCUGCACUUGCCAUAUAUGGUAACAACAACAAUAAUGUAACUGAUGAAUACAAUAACUCACAGUAUUGCUUUAAUGGAAAAUCCAAAGAUAAAGUACCAUUGGUGCAUACAAAGGAUGGGGGAGAAAAAAAAACUCUAUAUUUGAGAAAAAAAAAAUAUUACUGUUUUUAAAAGAACGGAAACCUUUUUAGAUGAUGGAGCCAGCUAGGAGAAAACUGUUUAAAACUUAGAACAUUUGUGACCUCGUAUAUAAAAAACAAACCGAAAAACCAAAAACCCCGAAGCCUCUUUCGCUGAGGGAAUAGGACAGAACCGUAGUUCAGCCAUUGCAGUUUGUAAAACAAAUGGAGAUAGUUCACUUUAAUGUCUCCGUAACUGGCCUGUCUUUUUUCUUAGUCUUUUAAUUGUUUUUUUUUUCUUGUUAGUUGUCUGUUCUACUUAAAUGUAUUGGGGUUUAUUUUUGACGAAAAACAGUGUGCUGCUAAUGUAGUUUUGUAUUGACACUAAGAUGCAUGCUUGAUUUCGCAUUUUUGCUGAAGCUUUAAUGACUACAGACGGUAGCCAGAGCCCCGUGUCCCUUCAUCUCGCUGCAGCUCUGCCCACACACUCCAAGACUACUGUGAAGACUGUGAAUAAAUAUCCAUGACCCAUGUCCUUUUUCCUCCUCUUCAAAACAACCAAUGUUAAAACUGAACCAACAAAUGUUUUAAAACCAAUGAUGUUAUAUUUAUACAAAGUUUGCAUUCCAAAUAUCACAUUAUUUCAGUUUUUUUUUGUUGCUUAAUUUCCACGUUCCCCCGAGUAAGGGAAGCGUUCCGUGUACUCUCAUAUCCGAGUCUGGACUUGAUGUGAAAGACUCUUGUUUACUGUAUGUGCUCCUGGGAAUGUUGUUACUGUUGCAAUUUGCCAAAUAAUGUACAUGUUCAUUAUGCACUUGUGUUUAUCAUGCGAGUCGCUGGGCUAGUGUCUCUCCCGUCCUCACUUAUACCAAGCGUUGAAGUUCAAUAAAGUCUGUUUCAUUUUACUAGACCA